UCACCGCCCCGGGCGGCGAGAGGCUGGCGCUGGCCGGGGAGAGCUGGCACCGCGGCUGCGGUUCCGAGGGGGCACCGUGACGGCAGCAGCGCCCCGGGAGAACGCUGCGAGAGGGAAGGACUGAGAGCGGCCCGCUGAGGGGCCGGCCGGCUGGGCGAGCGAGACUGCAGGGACCGCCGGGCGUGUUGGGCGUCCGCACCGUGCGCCCUCACCUCAGUUGUCUAAACUUCAGGCUCCCUUCCACCCGCCCUCCGCGCCCGGAGUCAACAACUUCUUCACCCCCCUCCGCCCCCGCCCUUCCCUCCGUCAGCCCGGGAGCUCGCCCGCGCGGCGGGGACCAGGAACCUCCGGGUGCUGAGAUGUGGCCGUGAGGCGUUGGCGGGCGGCGAGGAGAAGCUCGGCGGCGCCCGGGAGCCGGACGGCGGUUUGGUCGGGGGGUCCGGGGCUCAGGGCCGCGAGCUCUCCCCGCCUGCUGCUGCUGCUGCUGCUGCCGCCGCUGCUGCUCCUCCUCCUGCUGCCGUCGUCCCCGCUGCCCGCGCGCUGCAAGCAGCCACCGGAGCUGCCAAGCGCCAAGGCCGCGGAGAUGUCGUCGUCGCCGCCGUCUCCUCCGGCGGCGGGGGCUGCCAGCGCCGCCAUCUCGGCCUCGGAGAAAGUAGACGGCUUCACCCGGAAAUCGGUGCGCAAAGCACAGAAGCAGAAGCGCUCCCAGGGCUCGUCGCAGUUCCGCAGCCAGGGCAGUCAGCCGGAGCUUUCCCCCUUGCCCCAGCUCAAAGAUGCCACCUCGAAUGAACAGCAGGAGCUUUUCUGUCAGAAGCUGCAGCAGUGUUGCGUGCUGUUUGAUUUCAUGGACUCUGUUUCAGACUUGAGGAGCAAAGAGAUUAAAAGAGCAACACUGAACGAACUGGUUGAGUACGUUUCAACUAAUCGUGGUGUGCUUGUUGAAUCAGCCUAUUCUGCUAUAGUAAAAAUGAUCAGUGCUAACAUCUUUCGUACGCUCCCUCCAAGUGACAACCCGGAUUUCGAUCCAGAAGAGGAUGAACCCACGCUUGAAGCCUCCUGGCCUCACAUACGAUUGGUAUAUGAAUUCUUCCUGAGGUUUCUGGAGAGCCCUGAUUUCCAGCCUAGUAUUGCUAAGCGAUACAUUGAUCAGAAAUUUGUACAACAGCUCCUGGAGCUUUUUGAUAGUGAAGAUCCCAGAGAACGUGACUUUCUGAAGACUGUUCUGCAUCGAAUUUAUGGGAAAUUCCUUGGAUUAAGAGCAUUCAUCAGAAAACAAAUCAACAACAUUUUCCUCAGGUUUAUAUAUGAAACAGAACAUUUCAAUGGUGUUGCUGAACUCCUUGAAAUAUUAGGAAGUAUUAUCAAUGGCUUUGCACUGCCACUGAAAGCAGAACAUAAACAAUUUCUAAUGAAGGUUCUUAUUCCUAUGCAUACUGCAAAAGGAUUAGUUUUGUUUCAUGCUCAGCUGGCAUACUGUGUUGUACAGUUCCUGGAGAAAGAUACAACACUAACAGAACCAGUGAUCAGAGGACUGCUGAAAUUUUGGCCAAAAACAUGCAGUCAGAAAGAGGUGAUGUUUUUAGGAGAAAUUGAAGAAAUCUUAGAUGUCAUUGAACCAACACAGUUCAAAAAAAUUGAAGAGCCACUCUUUAAGCAGAUAUCCAAGUGUGUUUCCAGUUCUCAUUUUCAGGUUGCAGAAAGGGCAUUGUACUUCUGGAAUAAUGAAUAUAUUCUUAGUUUGAUUGAAGAGAAUAUUGAUAAAAUUCUGCCAAUUAUGUUUGCCAGCUUGUACAAAAUUUCCAAAGAACACUGGAACCCAACCAUUGUUGCACUGGUGUAUAACGUGCUGAAGACCCUCAUGGAAAUGAACGGCAAGCUUUUCGAUGACCUUACUAGCUCAUACAAAGCGGAAAGACAGAGAGAGAAAAAGAAGGAACUGGAACGUGAAGAAUUAUGGAAAAAAUUAGAGGAGCUAAAGCUAAAGAAAGCUCUAGAAAAACAGAACAACACUUUGAACCUGCACAAUAUUCUCAGCAAUACAAAUGCCGAGUAACAAAAAACAACAAAAGACUACCACUUCUGCCGGAUAGAUGGAUUUGUACACUUUUUAAAAUAUGUAAAAAUUGCAAAGCAAACCUCAUCAGUAUAAUAUAAUUAAAAAGUCAGGGGGAUUUUCCCCCCUGGCAACUGUAAAUGAAAACUAUAUGAAUUAAAAACAGCCCUGUGUUAUAUCAUGGCCACGGUAUAUUGUAACCUUUGUCUAGCCAAUGAUUUGUGUCACUUCUGAAGUUUCACAGAAAUGAAUGAAUUUUAUCAUAUGAGUGAGAUAAUUAUGGAAUUGGUAAGAAUUAUGACUUGAAUUAUUUUUUGAUUGUGUUGCACAUAGAGUAGACUGCUCUGUAUAUUAUUCCCUUUUAUAAUGUGCUUUUUAACAUUGCUGCAGCCCUUAGCUACAUCCUAGGAAAAGGAAUCUUUCCUACAGUAAACUAAGGCCUCAGCCUUCCCAGCUGCGUCUCCCAGAAGGGAGCAUUACUGCCCCAGGCCUUUCUCACUGAAGGGGUCACUGUACUCUGGAAUUUGAGCAAAACCUUAAACCUCCAGGCUUUUGAAAGCACAAAAUUCAAAGCUGGGAAAGUAAACCAAACUUCCUCUUGAGUAUUGCCCUUCAUUUGCAACUCCCGAGUGGUAACACAGAUUAGUAGGGGCGGCCAGAUAAACCCUGAGGUUGCCUCUGUUCAUUCCUCCUCUCAAAGGCUGAAGGCAGGCCCUUCCCGGCCGGAGCCCAGGAUGGGGCUUGGAGUCCCAGCUCGUGAUGGUGCCGCGCUCCUCAUCACGCCUGGCUGUACUGAAAGGAAACGCAGUAGGCUGCAUCUGUCGCGUUCUUAAGAAGUUGCCUGUGUAGGGGUCCUGUAUGUUUUUACUUGGCCAAGUAUUUCUCACAUCUUUUAUCAGAGUACCAUUCCAAUCUCUUAACCUGCAGUUGUGUAGAAAACGGUUUUGUAAUGAAAGAGCCUCAUCGGAGGACUGAGCAGCAUUGAAUAAAGUCUAUGUUUGUA